AUGUCGACUCAAUCAUCCAACACAUCUACGUAUCCCUCAUUCAUGUACCACCUCGCUCAUACCGCCUCGCCACCCUUACGCCGUACCAUACACUACAUUCGGCUGUUUUUGAAAUGGCACGUUCCAAUCCUAUUGGUACUAUGGCUAUUAUGUCCUGUGAUAGCACAAGAGAUUCCAUCUGAGUGGCUCAACGAAACAAUCCUCAACUGCAGUACGAUCACGGAUAAUUACGUUGGCAACGCACAAUUGAGAUUUCAAUUCAAAGACUGGGUUAACCGUGGAAGGUGCAUCCGCUCAGGAACCGAUGGUGGCGGUCCGUACAAGACCUACGUAUGCUAUUCCCGCCUACAAAGCGCUAUCGCAAACAACCUCAACGAAAUCCGAAAGGCGGAGUACAAUGGUGCGGCCGGCGUUCUCGCACUUCUACCCACAAUUGGAGCUUUACUUGGAACCCCUACGAACGAGAUCUGGCGUCUGCUCACGAUGAUUCCUUUCGGAGGCUUCCUAGCAAUGGCAUGUUCCUUUGGAGGGGCAAUUCUUCCCGUAAAGAUCAAAGACUACGAAAGUGCCUUCAUGAAGAAGAACAUAAAGGGAGACUUGCGCGCGUGGAAGAGUAGUCUCGAAGUGCCAAAGACGAUUGAGGAUGGCGAAAAAGAGAGAAUAAAGCAACGAGCAGAUAUCUUGUUAAGAAGAGUCCAGCGGAAAUUGCAGAGCGAGACACAAAGAAAGGUCCCAAAGAUGUACAUCCUGGUUGGAAUCACGGGAAUGUCGAUCCUCCUACUCUCUGCUCAGGUCGCAAUGAUUGUCGUGGAGUUAGGAGCUGUUCUUCCGUGGUGGUGCAUAUCGAAAUGGUGGGUGCACUUGUGGUACAUGAUGGUCAUAUUAAGCGCCGCUAUCGACAACUACGUGCAGCUACCUUUCGAGAAACAAUGGAGGCUAUGUCUCUCAGACGUCCCCUACGACCUCACUGUUAUAGGUGGAGAUGAUAUCACCAACCAUAUCCCCGACCAGCAACACGAGACGGACAAUGUCAAAACUGCCCUCAAGCAGCUGAAGUCACUCAAGACAGGGACUGUGAAGUUCACUGGUCGGCAACAGCGCCGCGCGGACGCUAUCAACACACUGUUCGUCCAGGUCUCUGUCACAAGUCACUCACAUAACUGGCGGAGAACAUUCACUCGUUCGCUUAGCAAGAUCUCUAGUAUCGCCGUGUUCAUUGUCGGUACUGCAUGCUUUGCUUCAGCUCAAUUACUUUCUAUUGCGAUAGCUACAUUCAUCUUGACAUGCGUCCUUGGGGCAGGUGUUUUCAGUCGCGCGAUUACAUCUUGGAUUGUUGCCGGCAUUGAAACAGCGGACCCAAUGUUGCAUUUCGUAGCCGAUACAGAUCAAGAAGCUUACUAUGUUUUGGCUAGACUCUUUAUGAUCAGCCUAGAUAAUGCAGCUAAGCCGACAAGGCGUAAGAUCCAGGUGGAACUAGGCGGCAACGUAUUUCUAGACCGGCGUCGCAUCACUACUCGCUCACCAUGGCCGGCGCGAUUCCUCGGCGUUCUAACUUCCCCAUACGACAUUGCUCGAGCCGUUAUCAAAACGAAAGGGGACGAUGGCGUCUAUGAAUUCAAUAAUCUGGAAUUAGGGUUGGAAAGCACCAACACCGUCGAACAGCCUUUACUAAGGCCGUCACUGACGACAAAGUCGACAUUCGGAACGGAGAUCAGUGAGACAGUGUCCUUGGACGACGAUCAAGCACUUUCACGACGGCCGACUUUCCAGCGCAUGGGUACUAUCUCGAGCGACUAG